AUGCCUCGUGGAAGUGGUUCUAGUUCUACUCAAGGAGGUGGUAAACCAAGUGAAGAUAUUGGGUGGAAGUUUGCAACACCUACAGGGAAAAAAGGAGAACUGAUUUGUAAUUUAUGUGGGAGAAAAGUCACAGGUGGAAUAACGAGAUUGAAAUUGCACUUGGCUAAUAUACCUGGUCAAAUUGCAGGUUGUCAGAAAGUUUCUUCCCAAGUUAAGAAGGAUAUGACCGCUGUCCUGAAAGAAUACCGAUUAGCUAAAAAGGAUAAAGAAAAAAGAGAAAGAGAAUUAGAAGAAGAAAUUAUGAAUAUAAAUAGAAUCGAAGAUGAUGAAGAGGAGGAGGAGGAGGAGGACAUCGAAAUGGAAAUGGCGAGACGGGCGAGCAUGAGACAAUUGGAAGAAGAUGAAUUUAGAAGGAGAACUGGAUCUAGAUUUGAUGUUGGUGGUAGUAGCAGACAAGUGUUGGGUCGUUCUGCUACUACACGUGAGAGAGGUAGAGAAGCACAAAGAUAUGCAGAAGUAUCUACACCGGCAUCUCGGUUGGCUGCCACAGAAGUUGAGAUAGAGAGAAGCAGAGCUCAACAAAAGCAGCCAAAAUUAAAAAGUAAAUGGUUGAAGGCACAGAAGGAGAAAAUGUUGAAAGCAUUUGGAAAUUUUGUUAUACAUAAUAGACUUCCCUUCAGUAUUGUUGAGUCACCGUGGACAAAACCACUUUUAAGAACAGCAGCAGAAAUCGGGCCUAAUGUAUCUCCACCUAGUGCUUAUGAAAUUGCAGAAGUUUAUUUGAAAAAUGAGUACAAUGAGAUGAAAAAAUAUAUAGCCUCAUUUGAUGGAAUAUGGAAGGAGAGGGGAGUUACCAUAAUGUGUGAUGGUUGGAGUGGGCCAACACGUAUGAGUAUAGUAAAUUUCCUUGUCUACUCAAACAGAGGCACAGUGUUCCACAAGUCUGUUGAUGCAUCCAAUGUGGAGCAUAAAGAUGGAGAAUACUAUUUUAAAAUUAUGAAAGAAGUAGUGGAAGAAAUUGGCCCUCAAAAAGUUGUCCAAGUGGUAACGGAUAAUGAAGCUGCCAUUAAAUUAGGAGGGAAGAAACUAAUGGAGAAAUUCCCUAAUCUAUAUUGGACUGCUUGUAGUGCUCAUUGUAUUGGAAAGAAGAAGAGUGUGAAAAAAAUAAUUGACCAAGCCAAGGUAAUUACUCAAUUUAUUUAUAAUCAUAAUUGGGUAGUCAAUUAUAUGAAGAAAUUCACGGACAAUAGAGAUAUUAUUCGACCUGGCAUCACUAGAUUUGCCACAAACUUCAUUGCUUUAGAGUCUAUUGUCCGUUAUAGGGUGGGGCUAAGGAAUAUGUUUGAAUCGGAGCAAUGGAUAAUGAGUAAAUAUGGGCAAGCAACAAGUGGUCCAGCGCAUGAAGCCAAGAAAAUUGUGCUUGGCUUAGGCAACGAAGGAAGAAACUUUUGGGAGAGGGCACAACAAAUAAUGAAAGUUCAAGAACCUCUCCUGAAGGUUUUAAGAUUAGUUGAUGGAGAUGACAAGCCAACAAUGGGAUUUAUAUAUGAGGCAAUGGAGCGAGCAAAAUUGGCUAUUCAAAAAAAUUGUAGAAGCUAUUUGGAAUAUUGGAGAAUAAUUGAUCAUAGAUGGAAUUUUCAAUUGCAUCAUGACUUACAUGCCGCUGGAUAUUUUCUAAAUCCUCAAUAUCAAUAUGGCCCACAUGAUAUUGGAAAUGAUAAUGAGAUCAUGUUGGGUCUCAAAAAUGUGAUUCAACGUCUAGAGGGGGAUUUAGUAAAUCAAGGAAAAACAUUAAAUCAAGUAAGUAACAACUAACAAGCUAAUUCUCAA